AGUUCGGGUAUUCCCGGCGCUGGUCGGCGGCCGAGCUCGUGGGAGAGGCUUCGGAGUUUAACCGAGAACGACUUCAUUCCGCCGGAUCGCUUCACCUGGAAAGCGCGAGGAGUGUGGAGCGCGCGCAUACACACACACUCGAACACCACGCAGGUUUUCCCCGGUGAAGGAGGAAUGUGGUGCAUUUGAGUCUCUUAUUUUUUAUUUCAUCUAACUCGUCCUCGUCCGGAACGCAGAUUUAUAAAGGUUGUAAACAUGGCAUCUGGAGGAUUCAAGUCCAACGCAGGCACAGAUUUUCUAGAGGAAUGGAAGGCCAAGCGGGAGAAAAUGCGUGCGAAGAUGCUGGGGGACAUCGCGGCCAUCACCACCGCCAACUCCAUCACGACCAGCGGCAGCAGCGCGAAGGCCCCGGAAACCCGAUCCGUACCGGAUCUCAACAACUCCAAUGGAAAUCCGGAGCGGAGCGCCUCCGUGCCUCAUAAUGUGGCUCGAUCGGCUUCGUCUUCCGCCCUGACCAGGAGAGCGGACGAGGAACCGCACGCAUACAUUACCCCGACUCAGGCGUCCACACCGGUGGCACGAGUGUCCGACACUAAGAAAUCCACAGAGAAACUGCCGGAGCCUGGAAGUGCCUCACCGUGUCCGGACAGUGACCGCGAGAGUCCCAAAGGGAAGGAGAAGAAGAGUUCAGGUCCCAGCGCUCGCAAAGGGAAAGGUCAGAUAGAGAAGAGGAAGCUGCGUGAGAAGCGCCGGUCCACAGGAGUGGUCAGCAUCCCGUCCAAUGAGAGUUUGGAUGAACUGGAUGAUGAUGAUGGAGAUAAGGAGAGGAAGAAUGAAGAAGAGCUCACACAGCACAACACUGUGCAGAAUGAGUCCAUGACCUCUGACCCCGGAGCUGGACAAGCACAGGAUACAACCAGGUCAGGGAGUGGCCGCUACAAAAGUGAGGAGGAUGGAGGAGGAAACAGACAUCGACAGACUCAUGCUCGUCAUGGCAACAUAGGACUGGAAUGGAGGAUUGAGGAGCUGGAGAAGGAGCUGGCUCUGGAGAGGCAGGAGAACGCUCGGCUGUUGAAGUCUCAUCAGGAUAAAGACGAGCUGAUUGUUAAACUAAAGGAGGAAAUCGAUCUGUUAAACCGGGACCUGGACGAUAUCGAGGACGAGAACGAGCAGCUGAAGCAGGAGAAUAAAACUCUGCUGAAGGUCGUAGGUCAGCUGACCAGGUAGAGGCGUGAGGACAGGAAGUCUGUGAGGAAAAACCCCGUGAGGAUCGACGGAAAGAUCUAGAAAAGUCCUAUUUAAUGUAAAUGUGUGUGUACAUACGGAAAAUUACAGAGGAUGAAUGUAGGUUGCCAUGGUGAUACCUGUCUGUCAGCAUGUUUGUUUUUUGUUUAUUUCUUGUUAAUUUGUUUUAGCUACGUCCCAAACGCUAGCUCACGAUAAUUAACAUUCCUGCUAAAAACAUUAGCCAUCAGCAAUAACACAGCAAUAGCACACAUUUUCAGACGCUAGUAUUUUUGGAAUGCUAAAGCAUAGCUAGCUGCUAAUUACCUAGUGAAUAGCACACACUACACUAGCACAAAGUUGAUAAAAUGCUAGCCGCUAACAAACCGGCUACACAAACACAAAGUAAACAGAUUAAAAAUUGGAAACUUGUAUGCUAGCUGCUAAUCCACCUGUAAUGUAGUUAUUGAACAGGCUACACUACAGCAAAGCUAGCACUUCUCUGACAGUUAGCAUUUUCAAGCUCAGUGCACUUUUUUAUGUUAGCUGAUAAUUAGCCUUCUCUUAGCUAAUGAAUAGGCUACAAUAGCACAAACUACAUUCAUUUUUGCUAGCAUUCUUCUGUAAACACUAGUAUUUCAGAGUGCUAGCUCACAUGCUAGCUGCUAAGUAGCCUAUAACCUAGCUAGCACAAUGCUCCAAAGUUUUUCUAACACUAGCAUAUCUCAGUAUUGAUUUCUAUUUAACAUUAAUCUCAACAUGCUAGGUGUUAGCAUAUUAGCUGUUAAUUAGCCUACAGUUGCUCAACAUUUUCUAGAGAUUUCUCAAGAUGCUAGCAUUGUGGAGUGUUUAGCUGAAUGUGUGGUGAUUAGCACUAAUCCCUAUUUUAGCAAAUUGGCUAAACAGCAGCUAGCAUAUGAGUUGAAGUUAUGUUGUAUUUUUUGUGGGGUAUUUUUGUCAAACACUAGCGUUCUGGAUUCCUUAGCCAUAACGUGCUACAUAUUCUGUCCAACUGCUAGCUGCUGACUAGCCAGUUUGCUAGCUAUCUGAUAUUGUGCUGUUUGUACAUUCCGUUUUAUUCUUACAAACGCUAGCACUUUGGAACUUUAGCUGACUUUUGAUAUUCUUAGCCCAGACGUGUAUUAGCUAGCUGCUAAUCAGAUGAUAAAGUUUUGAUAUGUUCCUUUGAUCAUUAGCCAGUUAGCUAUUAAACACACUACACCAGUGCAGAUUAAUGCUAGCGACUGUUAAAUACAAGAAUGUGUAAAAUUCCCUUUUCUAGCGACUCAUUUGUAAAUAUUAGCGUUUCAUGUUUAGCUCUAAUCCUGUAUGCUAGCUAUGAAUUAACGAUUUAUUUGUCUGUUAGUUAAAUAUUUCUUUUCUGACUUGUAAAAACGUUAGGGUUUGCUAGCUGCUCACUAGCCAGUUAGCUAGCAAUUCUGAAUAUUGUAACAAUCCACUGAACAUUCUACAGUUUUUCUAGCAUUUUCUAGCAUGCUGGAGUCAUUAGCUGAGUGCUGAUUUUUUUUUCAGUGCUAGUCACACUCACUAGAUGUUAGUUAUUCUGUUAGCUAGUUACUGAAUUAGGUACAUUCUGUUUUCUAGCGUCUUUUCUAUAAAAUGUUAAUAUUUAUUGAUAAUUUAUCUUUAGCACUAAGCUAGUGUACUAGCUGCUAAUUAGUGAUAUUUUGCCUUUAUCUAACACUAGUGUGUUUGACAUCAAAUAUGCUAGCUGAUGUCUAGCCACUUAGCUAGCUAGUGAAGAGUGUAUUAAAUGAUAUGACGUUUGAUUUUGCUUCUAAGAAAUGCUAGCAAUUUGGAGGUGCUAGCUGAGGUGUUAGCUGUGGUUUUAGCUGAGGUGCUAGCUGUUGUGUUAGCUGAGGUGUUAGCUAAGCUGUUAGCUGGGUUGUUAGUUGAGUUGUUGAUUUAUUGUUAGCAUUCAUCACAUGUUAUCUGCUAGUUCUCCUGUUAGCUAGUUACUGAAUUGCGGCCGUGGAAGAAAAACUUCAAAUUUUGAUAGAUAAUAUUUUGAAUUCUUCACUUAUUUUUUUCAUUAAUUUAUAUUCAGUGCUAAUCCAAUAUGCUAGCUGCAUGUUAGCGGUUAGCAGAGGCAGUGAUUUUUCUGUGGAGAGCUAGCUUGUUGAGUUUGAGAGCGUCGCUACACUGCACUCAGCCUGCUAGCUUUAAAGGGGAGUUUUUUUUAGUGCUAAUAACUACAUUUCUGUCUAAAACUAGCGUUUGGGACCAGAAGUGAAUUACAGAGGAAGUGUUGUGUGUAGAAUUGCAGUUUAUUUCUAUAUCUCUGUUUGGUUUUUCGUUGUUUGUAAUAAACAGACUUUAUUACUCUGUGUAAAAUCACCUGAUGCUGAUUAUUUCCAUGUGGUGGAGUGUUUGUUCAGUGCUGUUACAGAUGUUUACCAGAUGUUUGAGAUGUGCGUGCUUAGCUGUAGCGCUCCUGCACUGCGUUUUUUACCCUGGAGCUCGGGUUCCGUUCCCACACAGCAGAACCCGGGUCUUCAGGACAGAUCUGUUCUCUCUCUCUCUCUCUCUCUCUCUCUCUCUCUCUAGCAUGAUGCAUGAUGUACAGAAGAUGAAGUCACUUAAUAAAGAUUCUGAUUAUC